ACACUCGGCGAAAGGAAACAGCAACUAUGUUGCAUUCUUUUUAGUUCUCCUCAUUAUGACGUAUACGUGGGUCAGAUACAUUUAAACCAAAUCUGUUUAGAAUUUAAAUACAUUAUCUAUUAAAAUCGUAAUUAUCUUGGGAAAAUAAUACAGUGUAAAUCUCCACGUUUCUAUGUAAUCUGAGUCAACAGUACUGUUUUUCUCGCGGAGGCGGAGCAGCAUCAUUUACCAAAGAACCACGUCACUCUGUCAAACUUGCAGUUUUUUAUGAAAACUUGAGCAAGAUUCAAGACCCCCUUUUUCUUCCUGGAGUCUAUCUGGGUCGGUGGGCAAAAAUGCAGACUGGAUUCAGAAUAAAUUUAAACCCCGUCAAAGAGCCGCUUGGUUUGGUUAAAGUCGUGGAGUGGCUCACUGCAGUGUUUGCGUUUGGGACCUGUGGGGGAUUUACAGGACGAAAUGUGCUUUCCAUCUUCUGUGACGGAGGCAGAAAUGAAACACUUAGUGCCACUUUCAACUACCCAUUCAGGUUAAACCAGGUUUUGCUGGUUGAGAAAAACACCACCCUUUGCAACCGCACAGUUUCUGAAACCCAUCUGGUUGGAGACUCCUCAUCCUCGGUGGAGUUCUUCGUUGCUGUGGCUGUCUUGGCCUUCCUGUAUGCCAUGGUGGCUCUGCUGGUGUAUCUGGGCUACAUGCACGUAUACAGAGACUCUGACUUCGGCCCAAUGUUUGAUUUCGUGGUGACAGCAGCCUUUGCGUUCCUUUGGCUGGUGUGCUCGUCGGCAUGGGCGAGGGGUCUGCAGAUGGUGAAAGACGCCACCAGUACAGCUGGCAUUGACUCCACUCUGGGGCUCUGUAAGGAGAGGGAUGUCAAGUGUGAAGUCACUGAAUUUGCAAGCAUACGCUCACUCAAUAUAUCUGUGGUAUUUGGUUACUUGAAUCUCAUCAUAUGGGCCGGGAACGCCUGGUUUGUGUAUAAGGAGACACGCUGGCACUCAAAGAAGGUCAACGUGCAAAAUGCCGCGGGGCGUGGCCCUGCUCCUGCCUCCAUCUAAACCCCGCCCCCAAAUGAUUGCCGCACACAAUAACAAACCACAUCUCAGCAGUUUCCCUCUUGAAUUGCAUGUUUCUUCAAUCAAACAAUAUAAAUGUUUAUUUCUUCUUUAUUUUUAAAUCAGAACGAAACAGCUUGUAUUUACUUUUAAAUUGCUUUUAAGAAUGAUUUUUGUCAACAUUGGUACUUUAUGAUGUUUUACUUACAUGUUCCAGUAUUAAACAUUUUAUUAUUGUAUGUAUUAUCGGGGGAAUCUCAUGAGAACAUGUCUAAGCCACCCCAAAAUCUAAAGAAAAAAGUGAGAAUUUAUCUAAAAAAUAUUAUGAGCUAAUAUGCUGAAUUGUCAUGAAACUAUUUUCACAAUGCAAAUCAUUUUAAUGGUUCAACAAAAUAAAAGUAUAAUUUCAUUUAUUUUAUUUUAUUUAUUUUUUUUGAGGGUGAAAUAUGCCCUGUGUUUUUGACAGGUUUCAUGAGAUUCAUCCUAUUGCAUUUUGAAAUUCUAUCCUCUUAGUUCAUAGCUAUUUCUAUUAUUUUUAUGUUUAUUUUACAUUUUUGUAUCCUCAUAUCUUUUAUAUUGUGAUCUAUGUUUUUAUGCAGUAUUAUGCAGCAGCAUUUGGAGUGUUUGGUACACUUAUUAUUUUACUUCCAUUCUUAUUCUUGUGUCUUAAAUGUAUUUUUUAGUGAAGCAUUGCUCUCCUUGGAAAAAAAGUGUAUAAUGUUUUUAUUGAAUAAAACUGACUGUGAAUUC